UGAUGGAAGCUGGCCAUAGGCUGCGUCCCCGCCUUUCCAGGAAACCACAAAAGUUCCUGCAGAAGUAAAGUAGGAUUUCAUAAGAACAUGAUGGAUGGAGAAGAGAAAACCUAUGGUGGCUGUGAAGAUCCUGCCAUGGAUGUCAUAUCAAUAUCUUCGAAUGGUCAUGAAUUUGUUGUCAGAAGAGAAUAUGCACUAAUAUCCGGAACAAUAAAAACCAUGUCGAGUGGCCCUGGUCACUUUGCUGAGAACGAAACUAAUGAAGUCCAUUUUAGAGAGAUCCCUUCACAUGUGCUAUCAAAAGUAUGCAUGUACUUUACCUAUAAGUUUCGCUACACUAACAGCUUCACGGAGAUUCCUGAAUUCCCAAUUGCACCUGAAAUUGCACUGGAACUGCUGAUGGCUGAGAACUUUCUAGAUUGUUAA